UGCGCGCAGCAGGGGAUGCCGGGAGCGCGCAGUGGCGGCAGCAGCGGCGACGGCAGUAAUAGCGGCGGCUCCAGCGAGGACGCUAGCGGGGCGGUGACCGUGUGGGAGGUGGUCUCACUCUUGGGAAAACUACUAGGCACUGUCGCCGCCCUGAAGGUGAUUCUGUACCUGCUCCGGGUGUGCUUAGCGAUGGCCUGGAAAUCCGGCGGCGCCAGCCACUCGGAGCUAAUCCACAACCUCCGCAAAAAUGGAAUCAUCAAGACAGAUAAAGUAUUUGAAGUGAUGCUGGCUACAGACCGCUCCCACUAUGCAAAAUGUAACCCUUAUAUGGAUUCUCCACAAUCAAUAGGUUUCCAAGCAACAAUCAGUGCUCCACAUAUGCAUGCAUAUGCACUAGAACUUUUAUUUGAUCAACUGCAUGAAGGAGCUAAAGCUCUUGAUGUAGGAUCUGGAAGUGGAAUCCUUACUGCAUGUUUUGCACGUAUGGUUGGAUGUAAUGGAAAAGUCAUAGGAAUUGAUCACAUUAAGGAACUAGUAGAUGACUCAAUAAAUAAUGUCAGAAAGGACGAUCCAACACUUUUGUCUUCAGGGAGAGUACAAUUGGUUGUGGGAGAUGGAAGAAUGGGAUAUCCCGAAGAAGCCCCUUAUGAUGCUAUUCAUGUAGGAGCUGCAGCCCCAGUUGUGCCCCAGGCACUAAUAGACCAGUUGAAGCCUGGUGGAAGAUUGAUAUUGCCAGUUGGUCCUGCAGGUGGAAACCAAAUGUUGGAGCAGUACGAUAAGCUACAAGACGGCAGCGUCAAAAUGAAGCCUCUGAUGGGGGUGAUAUAUGUGCCUUUAACAGAUAAAGAAAAGCAGUGGUCCAGGUAGAGGGAGUGAGACCAGUGCACAGGAGUGUCAUUAGCUAAGGCUGCCUGAAUUUAGAUGCCAAGAUAAGUGAGGCUUUACAGUUUCCUUCUCUUAGAGUCUAAUUUUAGUUGACAAAAUGAUUCUUGUUUUAAGAUAAUUAUUUUCUUAGUAAGCACAUGGUAAUUAGUUUUCUGUAAAGAGGAAAGGCAAUUGAAAUGAAUGUUUAAUUGCAGAAAUGAUAAUGAAUCUACUUCAGUUUGUGCUAAACAGUGUUUCACUUUUAACCAAAUGCAGCUUGGCCUUGUAUAAGUUAGCUUACUAGGAACUGCAUUUUCUUCUUCAUCUUGUAUAGUUACAGCUAUUUUCUUUGAAUUCUAACCUGGAGCACAACUACUUGUUUUUGUUUUUGUUUUUUUUUGAGACAGUCUGCUUGUGUUGCCCAGGUUAGCUCUGAACUCAAGAUCCACCUUCCUCAGCCUCCCACAGUGUGCCACUGUGCUAGCUUAGCACAGCUACUUCUUUUUAAAAACAAUUUUUUUAAAAAACCUAUUUUUUUUUCAGUUAGAGUCAGAUAUAUAGUAGUUAUUAAUAACUAAUUACAACCUUCACUUUGCUUCUAGUGUGCUUCAAACACAACAUAAUUGUAUGAUUACCAUUGUUUAUAAAAGGGACAAAUAUUUCACUGAAAUAACUAAAGUUUGAUAUCAAGUAAGAGUUCAUAUUUUCUUUAGUAAAUUUGAAAUGUUUAAUUUUGUACAAAAUAAAAGUAUUGAACAUCCCACUUAUAAUUUAGUGAUGAUGGAAUUACAAAAUGGUAUUUUAUUUUUAUAACCAGAGGCAGGUUAACCAUGAAGCUAAUGAUGCUGAAGCUUCAGAGCCCUCGCUUCUCAAGGUCCUUUCCAGCCCUAAUUUUAUAAGCACAAAUUUUUCUUCAUAGAGAAGUUGUUCUCCUGUCUACAACUACAUAAACUUUAGGCACCACAAAGCCUGAAUCUACCCCUGAUAAAACCAAAGUAUUCAUGAGAAGAAUUUAGAAUAAUUUUUAAGUUUAUGGACAAUUAGUCCCCUACUAAACAUGUAAAUGUAUACUUAUUGGACUGGAGGUAUAACUUAGUGGUAGAGCACUUGCCUAGCAUGCACAAGGCCCUGGGUUCAAUCCCCAGCACUGCAAAAACAAAAUGACAACAACAACAAAAAUGGAUCUGAAAAGAUGUAAAUGAAGGUAAUAUAAUUUACUUUUCAAAAAGUGUAUACUUGUUUUUAUGAACUUCAAAUUUUAAACUAGCAGUUUUGCAUGUUUUCAUCAUUGGAGAUCAUUUCUCUAAUUGUACCAGGACUUAUUUUGCUGUUACUGGCUUUCUCUCUGUUCAAAUACAUUUUUCUAUAUCCAAAGACGUGAAUGUAAUUACAAAGAUACUCAGUUAUUUGAUUGUAAUUCUGGAAGUUUAGAGAUUAUAACAAUAUAACUAAAAGUGAAAUAAAAUCUAGAAACUAAGUUGGUAAAACAUCUACCACAUUAAAAUUUUUUUGCUAAAAGUUACUGGAAAAUAGAAUGUUGGAGAAGGUACAGUAUUGACAAUAAAAACCUUAGUCUCCUGUU